AUGGCAAGAACAAGUGGAAGUAUUUCACAACCACAGAUUCCAAUUUUUAAUGGCAAAAAUUAUGACUAUUGGAGUAUUAAAAUGAAAACUUCAUUAUGCUCCCAGGGCAUUUGGAACUUUGUUGAAAAUGGGUUCCCUGAACUAGCAAAUCAACAAGCAUAUCAAGCACUUUCACAAGCUGAGAAAGAUUUGCUAGAGGAAAACAAGAAGAAAGAUGCAAAGGCACUAUUUUUCAUUCAACAAGCAAUGGAGGAAUCAAUCUUUCCAAAGGUUGCAGCUGCCAGAAGAUCAAAGCAAGCAUGGGAUAGUUUCCAAACAACAUACCAAGGCAUAGGCAAGGUAAUAAUGGCAAAAUUACAAAUACUUAGAAGGGAUUUUGAAAAUUUGCAAAUGAAGGACUCGGACUCAAUAGAUUCAUUUGUCACUCAUGCAAUGUUAAUAGUAAAUCAGCUAAGGUCCUAUGGAGACACUAUUGAAGAUCAAAAGAUUGUAGAGAAAAUAGUUAGAAGUCUGCCUGGCAAGUUUGAUGCAGUUGUAAUAGCCAUUCAAGAGGCCAAAGAUCUUUCUCAACUAUUAGUAGAUGAAUUAAUGGGCAGAAAAGUAUGGGUUUAUUUCUUGAAAUAUAAAUCAGAUGUAUUUGCUGUUUUUAUGGAGUUCAAGGCAAAAGUUGAGAAAGAAAGUGGAUACUAUAUUAAAACAUUGAGAACUGAUCAAGGUGGAGAGUACAUAUCAAUUGAUUUUCAGAAUUUUUGCAAAGAAAAUGGCAUAAAUAAAUAA